CCUACUGCCAGGGGUGGUGAUUUUAUUCUUUUUCUUACAAGUGGUACAGAAGUGCAGUUUAAAAGAUUCACGAUAUAGAUGAGUUGAAAAAUAAAAUAAGAUGUUGCCCUCGGAUAUUUGCCGAACCUGUGCCACACAGAAUAAUAAUUUAUUACCGCUUGCCUCCUGCUCGGAAAAGCUACAGGAAUUAACCCAAAUUCCGCUAUUGGAGCUGAUCGGCGAUGAAAAUUUGCCCCAACAUUUGUGUGGCGAUUGCUUGGCCAAAUUGGAGAAUGCCUACGCCUUCGUGGAGCAAGCACGCAAGGUGAACAGGGAUCUGCUAAUGAAGUUGAGGCAGUGCCUUCUCGAGGAGACACCCAUUGACAUACCCAUACCCAAUGCAAUGCAACAACAAAUCAAAAUGGAAAUGGACGAUGAGGAUGGUGACCAGCAAGAGUUAGACGAAGAAGAGACUGCAGCCACAAGAUUGGAACUCAAAUGGCAUGCGGACAGUGAUGCCGAAAGUGAAGCAGAGGAGGAGGAAGCCGCUGAUGGCAAUGAAGAUGAAUACAAGCCAUAUCAGCCAAGGCGGAGCCUACGCAAGAUUAAGCAGCAAUCCGAUAGCGAACAGGAAUAUCAAGAGCGCGAUGAGAAAAUUAACUUAAAUCUUGAGAAAAAUGAUCCGGAGCCGCCUCCUAAGCGUCGUCGUGGUCGCCCACCUCGUCUGGCCAAAACUCUGGCUCUCAAUUCCGACGGUCGUCACGUAUGUGCUGAGUGUGGUAAAACGUUCUCCUGGUAUAGGGAUAUGCAGCGUCAUGCUCGCAGUCACUUCGAAGAAGCCGCCUUUAACUGUCCGCAAUGUGGCAAGGGAUUCCUACGCAAGGAUAAAUACAUGUCCCACCUUAAAUCCCAUGAGAAACGGCAGGCAAAACGGGAAAAUGUGGAAUUAUCUAAAGAAUGGAUAUUCGCCGAGCGUUUAUAUAAUUCGGAGCAACUAAGGCUUAUCGAAUGCAAAUUGUGUGGUGUGCAAUUUGAACGAUUGAAAGACUUAAGAUCGCAUUUAGAGCUUCAUUCGUCUAAAGAAACCCUUGGUCAACUGCAAUUGGAUCAAGAAGUAGUGAAAGAACACUUUGCGGAUGAAAAUAUUGAUCUAGAAAAGGUCAAGGAUCUGAUAACUAAUGAUAUAAGUGAGGGGCAUUUGGAAAAGUUCUGUGCUGUUGUCAAUUCGAAUGGAUAUGAGUUAAGUUUGAGUGAUUCCGAUGAAGAUUUGCCUCCCGAUAUCGAACCCAAAUACCACUGUGUCUUAUGUAAUGUGCCCUUUAAGCGCAAACAUUUGCUCAUCCGACACACAGUGGAAGAGCAUUCCAAAGGGCAUAAUCAGCCACAAUUACGCUGUAAUCUCUGCCAGAUCGGUUUCGUCUGUCUAAAUUUAUAUGAACAACAUCAACGUUCGCAGUGUUAUGGUAAAUUUAAGAGAUAUGGCUGCCGAAAAUGUCCUGGAAAGUUUAUGUGGUUAGAGAAUUUGGAUAAACAUGAAUGUGUCCAAAGCCGGGAGGAGGACAAACAAAUUCUAUGCUGCCUUUGCGAUGCACAGUUGCCCAGUUUAGUUCAGUUGAGAGCCCACUUGCUUAGUCAUCGAGAUGGCUUGACGGGAAUUGAUCCUCUAUAUCAGGCAACAUUCUUCCGUUGCUAUUAUCCAAAAGGUUUGGCCUGUAGCCAGUCCGAACUUAGCUCCCGUAUAGUUGGCGACUUCGAUGCUCAAGAUUAUGGUCGGUAUUAUAAUGCUAGCCUUAGUUCUGGACAGGAAUUAGAUUUCUAUGACUCCGAUUCGGAUGAAAGUGAUGCACCUGGAGAAUCUCAAGAAAAACCUCUUCACUCAUGUACUUUGUGCGGCGAAUCAAUGAAACGUUUAACAAAUCUUAUUGAACAUCAACAGAAUUGUCAUCAAGACGAAACCGAAUCGUUUUCUUAUUCUUGCAAGGAUUGUUCAGAAAAGUUCGUGUGCGAUGCUCUUUUGCUGCAGCAUCGACGUCGCUCAUGUGGCAAAUUGCAUGCCAAAUUCCAUUGCCAGCUGUGUCAAAUGCAUUUCGUUUGGCAAACCAACUAUGAGCAACAUUUGCGUGUAAAUCAUCCAUCCGAGAAGGAUUUGGAUCAAAUUAUUAAACGGAAGCCUGUAGCUGCCCCUUCUGCCAGACUGCAGUGCAAUGAAUGUGAUAAGGUGUUUAUUUGGCCAAAGGACCUUAAUCGCCACAAGCGCAUGCAUCAGCCCAGGACAGCAUCUCAGUAUGAAUGCACACACUGUGAACGUAAAUUUCAUCGCAAAGAUGGCCUUAAGUCCCACAUGCGAGUGCACAGCGAAGAGAUGCAACAGCUGGAGAAAAUUGAUAACGAUGAGCACGAUGAGAAACCACAAGCAAGCCAGAUUUUAAGCGAACUAAGUCGGCCACAUGGCUGCAAGCGAAUUCAAUGCAUGAUCUGCCAUUCGCAGCACUCAAAAAUAGCCGAUCUGCGAUGUCAUCUAAUGUCUCAUCAGUUUGUUAUCAGCUUGCCGCCCGAGAGGGAGAAGGAUAUUGUUGGCGUUUCCAAAUCAUUAUAUCCCGAAUUGAGUGUGGCCCUGUCCCGAGAUAAUCUAAUAUCCCGUAUUAUGAAUGAUAUUGGUAAGGGUGUGGAACUAGAGAGAUUCAUAUCCGUUACGAAUGAAUCGGGCUUUGAACUCAGUUUGGAUAGCAGCGAAACGGACUCGGACACCGAUGAAGAGGAUGCGAAAACAGAUAGGCAAAAAAUUAAUCGCUAUACUUGCUCCAUUUGUCAAGUGGAAGUGAAGAGAAAGCAUCAGUUAUAUGCCCAUCAAUUGGAUCACCAUCCUUGUGCAGAGGCCGCCGCAAAUGUGUGCUCGCAUUGUCAAGCGAGAUUUGUGAGUGAGCAACUUCUCGAACAUCAUCUGAAGUCGCAGUGCCGAAAUAACCAUAAACGGCAUCAAUGUCGAAAGUGUACAUGGCGCUUCCGUUGGCGGGAGAAUCUCAAGCUCCAUAACAAUGUAUGCCAUCAAGCAGAUGAUUCUUUGUUGGGCCCAGACGGUGGAGAAUUGCGUUGCAAGGAAUGUCAUCGAACCUUUAAAAUGCAAAAGGAUUUAACUCGUCACAUGCUAAUGCACUCGGAUACAAGUAUUUAUCGUUGUCGUUGGUGUGCCCGUCGUUUCUACCGUCAGGCCAAUCUUCUACAGCAUAUUGAACGACAUGGCAUCAGUGCCGAUCAAUUGCCUUAUGCCGAAUCUCUUCUUAAUUCAUAUAAUCAUCCGCAUGGUCAGAAAAUCAUUCAAUGUAAAGUGUGUAACAUAAACUUUAACUCAAUCUCUGGGCUGCGGCAUCACUUGAAGUCCUCUCCCAAUGAGUCGCAUCAUGAACUUAGUUCAAUGCAAAAUUACUCGAUUACCAAUCAUUUGGGCUAUGAACUGAAUUUGGACGACUCGGAGACAGAUGACGAGGAAAUCAAAUCUGGAGGCAGUAAUGAAAUCUAUACUUGCAGCAUGUGCCACCUGCGUUGUGCAAGGAAAUACGAACUCUAUCAACAUCAACAGGCCAUGCAUAGGUUAGAACGUAUCCCCGAUGGCUGCGAUCAGUGCAUUUUCAAGAGCGUAUCUUCUGACAUCAUCGAGCAUCAUAAGCGCAAUCAAUGCGAGAAUCAGGAGAAAACCUUCAAGUGCAGUAAAUGUGGCUUUAAAUUCAUGUGGGAAUCGAAUAUGUUAAUCCACAUGGAUCUGCAACAUCAGAAAACCGAAGAGGAAGAACAAGCCCAGGAGCAACAAAUUGUGGAGCCAGCAACGGAUUCAGUUAUUAAUUCAUCAUCAAAUUCCAAACAAAUGCAACAAAUCUUCCAAUGUGCUCUUUGCCCCAGGAAAUACAAUCGCAAAGAUCGUCUCACGGCGCAUAUGAAAAAGUUUCACAAUCCAAGUGGACCCAGCACCACAUCAGGGGCUGGUCAGUCAUCUACUACGUCAAAGAAAUCUACUGCGGCAGCAUCUUCAUCAACUUUGGCUUCUGCCGCCAAGCAACCGAAACUAUUUCUCUGUGCCUUCUGUGGCAAGGCAGUGAGUUCCUCGUCCAAUCUUAUCAUUCACAUGCGACGACACACUGGAGAAAAACCCUUCAAAUGCGAUUUCUGUGAAAUGGCUUUUCCACGUUCCUCGGAUCUGCAGUGUCAUCGGCGAACACACACGGGCGAGCGUCCACAUGUGUGUACAGUGUGCCAGAAAGGUUUCGCCAGAUCCUAUAAAUUGCAGCAGCAUAUGCGCAUCCACAAUGGGGAACGACCCUACAAGUGCACCUAUUGCGAGAAGAGUUUCACGCAAUCCAACGAUUUGACACUACAUAUACGUCGGCACACCGGCGAGCGGCCCUAUCAGUGUGGCAUUUGUGGUGAAAGAUUCAUUCAGGGUACUGCCCUUAAGAAUCAUCGUCAACAGCAGGGGCAUCAUGAACCAGGCGCUCCGGGUGGCCUGCCCGGAGAGGCGCCCAUAAGGCGCACAGUUCUUCAGCAAUUUUCAGGCGAAUGAAAUGUUUUGUAAAGAAUUGGUAUAUAAAUACCUACAAAUGGAAUUUUUCAAUUAAACGGCCAAGAGCCCAAAAAUAAAUAAA